AUGGCUGAAAGAACACACGCGUCUCGAUUGUCUUCAUACAAAAAUGCUGGCCAUGGAAACAAUGAGCUCCGUCGUAAGCGUGCUGAACUUUCUGUGGCUCUCCGAAAGCAAGCUCGUGAUGAACAGCUACUCAAGCGAAGGGCCAUGUCACCAGAGGCUGGAGAGGAAGUCCAUGAAAAUGAGAAGGCUCUUACAGCUGUUGAGAUUGUUCAAGGUCUCCGUGCCCAAGACCUGGCCACCAAAACUACAUCAGCUCGCGCUGCCCGUCGCAUGCUCUCUAGGGAACAAAACCCUCCUAUAACUUCCAUGGUCAGCGCUGGUGUCAUCAAGCCUUUGGUGGAGGCUUUAGAUAGAGAAGAAUGUCCAGAUCUACAAUUUGAGGCUGCUUGGGCGAUCACCAACAUAGCAUCUGGCACUCAUGAACACACCAUGGCUGUUGUUGAUGGUGGUGCAAUCCCCAAGCUAAUUUCUCUCCUAGCCCGCGGUGGAGUUGUAGGUGAACAAUCUGCCUGGGCCUUGGGCAACAUAGCAGGGGAUGGACCUCAGACAAGAGAUGCAGUUCUAGCCCAAGGUGCCCUGCCUGUGUUGCUGCCCCUCAUGACUGUAAACACUCCUGCCAGUCAGUUGAGGACUGCUGUGUGGACCUACAGCAAUUUUUGCAGGAACAAAAAUCCCUUGGUGCUUUUCGAUUACGUAGCACCAGCACUACCAUACGUUUCGGAAUUACUUGAAAUUGCUGAUCAAGAUGUAUUAGCCGAUGCGUGCUGGGCCCUUUCUUACCUUACGGACGGACCCAAUGAACGUAUAGAAUCAGUCCAGCAGACUCCUAAACUUCUGGCUCGUCUUGUCAAAUUGUUGGAUCACAAAGCCCCCGCCGUUAGGACUCCCGCCCUCAGAGCCAUUGGGAACAUGCUUACCGGCUCUGAUGAACAGACGGACCGUUGCCUAGAUGCCAAUUGCUUGGAGCCCAUUAUCACCCUACUCCGGUGUGGCAAGUCAUCCCUAAUGAAGGAAGCGGCGUGGGCAGUCAGCAAUAUCCUAGCUGGCACUCAGGCGCAGAUACAGCGCGCCAUCGACAGUGGAGUGCUCACACAUUUGAUUCAUGUCAUUGGUCAUGAAGAUAUCAAGUCUCAGAAGGAAGCCGCUUGGGCAAUAACCAAUCUAUGCCUGGGAGGGACUCCUGAACAGCUAGACGCGCUUCUAUCAGCUGGGUUUUUGGAGCCUUACUGUUCAUUACUAUCCGCAAAAGAUCAUAAAGCUAUCACUGUCGUAUUAGAUGGCUUAAGUAAUCUAUUACAGGCUGCAGUAAAAUUCGGACAAGUAGAGCCUCUAUGUUUAAAGUUAGAAGAAAUGGGAGCAUUAGACCUGAUCGAAAAUCUACAGCAGCAUGAAAAUGAAGAUGUUUACAAGAAGGCAUUACACAUUCUGGACACAUAUUUCUCAGAUCAAGAUGAUGUUAAUGCACAGCCUACUCAAACUGAAGAAGAAUACCAGUUUGGGACUACUAUCAAUCAGAAUAUCAAUUUUUAA